CCUCCUGCCGCCCAGCCGGCCAGCUCCGCGUCUCCGCCGCCGCCGGCUCCGGCCGCGCCGGGUCAGAGCCGGAGCAUGGAACCUGGGGAGCCCCGGGAGCCCCGCGAGCCCGGGCCUGGAGCAGAGACCGCCGCGGCUCCGCGCUGGGAGGAAGCCAAGACUUUCUACGACAACCUCGCGCCCAAGAAGAAACCCAAAUCGCCUAAGCCUCAGAAUGCAGUCACCAUUGCCGUGUCCUCCCGAGCCUUGUUCCGCAUGGACGAGGAGCAGCGGAUCUACGCGGAGCAGGGUGUGGAGGAGUAUGUGCGCUACCAGCUGGAACACGAGAACGAGCCCUUCAGCCCUGGGCCGGCCUUCCCUUUCGUGAAGGCCCUGGAGGCUGUGAACAAGCGGCUACGGGAGCUGUACCCGGAUAGCGAUGACAUCUUUGACAUCGUCCUGGUGACCAACAACCAUGCUCAAGUGGGUGUCCGCCUCAUCAACAGUAUCAACCACUAUGACCUGUUUGUCGAGAGGUUCUGCAUGACAGGUGGGAAUAGCCCCAUCUGCUACCUCAAGGCCUAUCACACCAACCUCUACUUGUCAGCUGAUGCUGAAAAAGUGCGGGAAGCCAUUGAUGAGGGGAUCGCAGCUGCCACCAUCUUCAGCCCCAGCAGGGACGUGGCGGUGUCCCAGAGUCAGCUGCGUGUGGCCUUCGAUGGGGAUGCUGUGCUCUUCUCGGACGAAUCGGAGCGCAUCGUCAAGGCCCACGGGCUGGACAGAUUCUUUGAGCACGAGAAGGCCCACGAGAAUAAGCCUUUGGCCCAGGGCCCCUUAAAGGGCUUUCUGGAGGCACUGGGUAGGCUGCAGAAGAAGUUCUACUCCAAGGGCCUGCGGCUGGAGUGCCCCAUUCGCACCUACUUGGUGACAGCACGCAGUGCAGCCAGUUCCGGGGCCCGGGCUCUCAAGACCCUGCGCAGCUGGGGCCUGGAGACAGAUGAGGCCUUGUUCCUAGCUGGAGCACCCAAGGGCCCCCUCCUCGAGAAGAUCCGACCUCACAUCUUCUUUGAUGACCAGAUGUUCCACGUGGCUGGGGCUCAGGAGAUGGGCACCGUGGCUGCCCAUGUGCCUUACGGCGUGGCACAGGCACCCCGGCGGACUGCACCUACAAAGCAGGCCCCAUCUACGCAGUAGCUGAGCCACCAGCUUUGCUGGGCCACAUUGCUCCAGGCUCCCUGUUACACUUUGACUCCUCAUCUGGUGGACGCUUCUAGUUCCUCACUGUUCUGCCCUUCUGCCUGGCAGCCCUCAUCCCUGUGAGUGAGGUACUGGUAGGAAGUUAUGCAGAUGGGGCUGGAGUUCUCACCAUCCCUCCUUUGGGGUAAACCCUGUGCUGUGAUCCUGACCAGGACAAUAGGACUGUGCAGAGCAGCUGGAUUUCAGGGGGAGUUGAUGGGGCUGAGACAGGGAGGGGGGAGUGGAGCUAGGAUGCUUCAAAAGGGCUUGGGAUGGAAAUUAGCUCUGUGUACCACAAAGAACACUGCUCCGACAGAGACUGGAUCAGGCCUCAAAGCUCUGCCCUGGCAUCACCUGAAUGACUUUGAGUAAGUCUCUCCCCUUCAUGGGCCCCAGUUUUCCCAUCUUUUGGGUGGUUUCCAAACUCCCCUUUAGCCAAAGAAGCUUGGUUCUGUAAGAUUGCCCUCUUAGAAGGAAGCGUUCUGUGCCAGGCUGCUGCCGAUAUGUACGGCACCUUUGUGCAAAUUGCAAAAGGAUGCUUUCUUUAGGCAAAUGAGGAGCAAAAAGACAACCCUUUCUCUGGCCUGCCCCAGACCUGGGCUAGAGUCCCCAGCUGGGUUAGCAGGAUGGAAGCUGGAUUUCAGCCUUCACUUGCCUCUCAGCUCAGAGGCCUUUGUCAAAUGGGCAACAUGCACAAUCAGCCGCAGCAACCCUGUCUGUAAUUUUACACAUCUGGAAACCACUGGACAAAAUGACCUGCUUCCCGUGAUCAUCUAACCUGAGCCAUCUGCAGGCUCAGCUGCCGGGUGGAGCUUGUGGCAGGGAGCCAAGAGAGUGGAUUUAACCUGCACGCACAGGCUCCUCCUGCCAGCAGGGGGCGCUGUGGGCCCUUCCUGGGGAGGCGCAUUAGGCCUGUUCAGUGUUUGCUUUUGCUUUUAGCAAAAGUUCUGUUGCUCCUGCCUGCUGCCCCGGUUGCCUUCACCCUCACUCCUCCAACUGUUGCCUCCUGCUGUGCCAUAGAGCAGCUCUGCCUGUGGGGAAAGAGGCAUCCGGUCUGUGUCUGCUGCGGUGGCCCCAGAUGCAGGGCAAGAAAGCGCAGUGGCUGAGUGGGCGUUGUCCAGGCUGAGCCGAGGACAAGGUGCUGCCUGGGGUGAAGCGGGAGGUGUCAGGAGGUCUGGUCUGGGGCAGUGACUGCUUAGGGAGGAAGGAGCUGCCAUGUGCACCAGCAGAAUUCUCCGGCUAUGGGAUGGUGAGUGGAAGGCCAGUCAGAGCUGCUUUUGGAGGGAAUGAGCUCUCCGUCACUGGACGCUGUGCAGGGGCUUCCAGGAUGAGGUGACCUCCCCCUGAGAUGCACCAGUGAAUCCUCCAUGUUUCCCGAGCCACUGCCGCCCCUUCACCACCUCUUCCAGAGGAGAACUCUCACCAGGUGAUGAGUCAGCCUCCUCCCUUGCUGAGCAGGGUGGAAGCACCGAUGCUGAUGCUGGUCCCUCGGGAAGAUUGAGAAGGGGCGAGCAGGCAUCUGUGUGGACUGGCUUCCAGGCGCCCAGCAGGAAUCCUAAUGAGUGAGCGCUUGGCGAAGAAAAACAAAGGUAUCAUCAGAGGGUGGGGAGCCUGGAG